UAUGGCAAUUGGCAGGGAGUGGGAGUGGGAGUGGGAGUGGGAGUGGGAAUGGGAAUGGGAAUGGGAAUGAGAAUGAGGUUCCCACGGCAUAUCCGCAGGCAGGUAAAAGCAAGGCAAUAAUGGCAUCCAAUCCAUCCCUGUCCUAAUGCCCUUCCCUAAUAAUCCCUUGCUUGCAUCCUCCUAAUUGUUCCUUUCUUCCUUCCUCUCUCUCUCUCGUCUCGGCUGGUUUCAAUGGAGCAGGGAGCCGCCAUUCCCUGGAGUUGGAGGAGGAGGGGCAGGGUGCUUUCGCCUCACGACAAGAGGUUCUUCGCCAUAGCCUUGGCAAUUGUGGCUGUCCUCUCUCCCCUUUACGUCAAUAACAAUAACAAUAAGCCCGGCCCUGACGCAGAAGAGGACCUCCAUCCCGACAUAGGAGGAGACCACUCCAUCUACUACUACACUUGUUCUUCUUCAUACCUUCCACUGUUGUUGCUCAUUCUCAUUAUAGCCAUAGCAAUUUCAGGUUACUUGGAGCGAGGAGGACUCAACAGGCUGGACCCCUACUGGAUUCACAGGCUCGUUGGAUCUUCCGUCGGCAUUGUUUUUGUGCUAAUCAUUCUCACACUCGUUCUCAACUGUAAAGCAGCCUCCUCCGCCAUCAUCAGCUGACCUCAUCCACCCACUAUCCUAUGCUGCUGCUGCUUGCUUGCUUUUCAUCCACACACACUCUUUCUGCAGAGCAAACAAUUCGGUGCAGCUCUCCAAAACCUAAUAGCAAGCCAAAACAUCAAUCUCGUCACUGGCGAUUCAAUUCUUCGGUAGACCUCACCUCACCUCUCUCUCUUUAUAUAUAUAUAUAUAUGUAAUUUUUUAUUUAUUUAUACACAUGUAUCAUUGAACACCAUAUAUGAUAUGACAUGAAUACCUUAGAGAGAGAAAGAAA